AGUGAUUCGCUGCUCUCUCUCUCUCUCUGUCGGUGGGAAUUGCGUUUCUGCGCACAAUUUGGAUUGAAGGUUUCGUUUCUUUGACCAGAACGAUGGCGGUAUUUUUUUUCUCAUUGAAGAUGCCAUUGAGGAAACCUUGUUGACAGUGGCAGUGUCGUCCCUCUCGAACCGCGAGCUACGAAUUGUGAUGCUGUAUCCGUAGGUGCUAGAAUUCUAUCUUUUCUCAGACGAGGUUGGCAGUUCCUUUGGAGGGGAUGAUAUGUGAUGACGAAAUUUCUGUACAUUAUGAUUGUGUUGUGACGAGACAUUCAACAAGUUUCUGUGGAUAAAGUUGCCAUUAAAUUUGUGGAAUAGAGAAUUUCUUGUGCCAAGUGUUGUUGACUAGUUUCAGCUCGUCUGCGAAGCUCGAAUGCCGUGCUAUUCUGCGCUGCCCUGACAAUAGCUCUUCCCCUGCGCUUGUCCAGAGUAGGAGCAGAUAAUGGAUAAUUGCUCUUGAUUUGUGAGGUUUAGAUUACGCGGGUUGCUUCAAUGCACGUAUGAGAUGCCGCCCUUGUAGAUUUGCAGAAUAGCAUACAUCCUCUUUAUCUAGGAAGCACUUGGUCUAGCAUUUCAGCAAGAAUGUGGUUCAAUCUCUAAACACAAGAAUCUGCUCGUACUGCCUUGAAUGCCGGGGACCGGGGAGGAAAUGAGCAGCGGAGUAAUGUACUCCAAGUCGCGAACGAAGGAACAUGUUGUGCAGAGGAAACUUGGACAUAGUCAAUCCUGUCGCCAGUUAUCGCCGCCGUCCACAAUGCUGCCGCUUGGUCUUGGAACAGGGCCGGGGCUUGGAAGCCAAAAUGGCAAAGUACACAAAACACCACCAUCCUCGUCAAGCACCGACUCAACGAAAGCCUCAUAUACGGAGCCACAGGACUGGGGAGUGAAUGCACGGGAUGAGAAGGGGCGAACAGCUCUGCAUUUUGCAUGUGGAAUGGUUCCAGCAGAUUGCGCGCGUCUUUUGUUGGAUGCUGGUGCAGACGUACAUGCUCGUGAUAAGGAUGGCUAUACUCCCUUGCACAUGGCAGCCGGCUAUGGCCGAUGCAACUGCGUUAAGCUUCUUCUGGAUCACGGUGCAAAUGUAUUCGCUCGCGAACGAGCAGGGCGAACUCCUCGAGAACUAGCGGGGGAAAUCCGUGAUGACGGUAAUCAAGCGCAGGAGGUGGUGAAAGUUCCUCGAGGAGACAUUGACCAAACCAUACAGUUACUGACUGAAGCAGAAAGCAAGUGCGUCGACAAUGCUGCACAAGAGAGAAGUCGCAAGUUGUCAAAAAUUUCCCAUUCAGCUCCUACUCUGAGUAAUUCUUACGAGUCCCAUUCAAUCGCUACGAACGAAUUUGGUAAAUCAAAGAAGUCACUAUGUUCGGCGGCUCUAGAGAACGCUCUCACAGUGGCCUGCAGAGGUGGUCACGUCGAUGUUGUGGAGCUAUUGCUGUCCAGCGGUGCGCAUGUAGAUGCCCAUGACCCAGAUGGUGCGACACCCCUUCUGGCAGCAGCUGACAGCGGGUUUGCCAAUUGUGUCCAGUUGCUACUCAAGCAUGGAGCCAAUGCAGAUGCCAAAGAUCGUGUGGGUGUUACAGCACUCAUUGCUGCAGCAUACAAUGGUCACUCCGACUGUUUGGAAGUUCUUCUCGGUUACAAAGCUUCGGUGGAUGCAAAAUCUCAUGGGGGCGUAACACCUCUCAUUGCUGCUGCCGAGGGCUGUAAUGCUGAUUGCACUCAAGUUCUUCUUCUGGCCGGCGCACAGGUAAAUGCAAGGACCUCAGAGGGCAAAACCGCUCUUAUGCACGCUGUCAGUCGCAACUGCGUAGAAGCUACAGAAUCUUUGUUGAAUGGAGGCGCUGAAAUCAAUGCUGGUGAUGGCGAAGGCUUCACAGCACUUCAUCAUGGAGCACGAAACAACUCUGCCGAGUGCCUACGAAUUUUGCUGGAAAAAGGGGCAGAUGUCACUCGAAAGUGUCGGCGAGGUCGAACGCCACUUCAAGAAGCUCCGAAAGACAGUGAAGCUGCUAAGCUACUGGAGGAAAGGUGGAAAAUGCUGGAAUCUGAGAUUGCAAUGCGGCAGAUGGAAGUUCUCAACCUUUUUGAACAAGACAGAAAUAUGCAUAAGUCCAACACAUCUAAAAAGUCAAGCACACGGCAGGCACGAGAGAAAAAGAACGGAAGGAGGAAGAAAGAGCCAGUUGAAAAGGCUGACCUCGCUAAGCAAGCGCUUCCAAAGUUGACUUCAACAGUGAAAGCUGGUGAUGAACCCGUUUCUGUGGAUGUUUUAUCUUCAUCUCCAGGGUCAGAAGUUGCAAUGGAGCAACCCUCUCCAAAUCUUGUGUUGGGAAAUGAGGAGGAUUCUGCUUCUGAUAAAAGUACACAUCUUUCUUGCGGAGGAGGCCAAGACAACGAUACGCUUGGGGGCCUCUUCAAAACUGAGAAAGAAUCAAGCUUAAAGUCCCCACUGAUUGUCACCAAUACCAUGAGUUGCAGCUCUGGGGCCUCUGCACCUUCCUCAGCGGAGAAUGUUUGCAACAAUCUAGACGAGUGGAUAAGAGUCGACGGAAAGCGGACGGCAGCUGUUGGUUCUUCUCCAAAGACUAAUGCAUCUCAGUCAAAACCACAAGGAAGCGCAGCAAGUACCGUAUCAUCAUUAAGACCUGCUGAUCAUCUUUCCAUCGAAACAAAGAUAUCUGGAGGUCAGAGCAUUAAGCACAUUCAAGGAUCAUCUAAAAUUUUGAAAGAGAUUGAUGGUAAGGAUGACGAGUCUUCACCCUGGGUACAGGUUCUUCUGAGAAGAACGCACUCCAUUGGAGACGGAACAAGUGCAAGACCUAUUGUUGAGGUUCCCUCGAAACCUAACUCUCCCCUGGAAUCCAAAGCAGAGGAUCAUAUAUGGGAGACUGCAAUCGAGUUCUCCGGCAAUACAGAGGAGAAACUAUCCGAUCGUGUGCAUCGUAUUGAGAUAGAACUGAAUCAGGCAAGACUAGCUGCUCGUGCUCAUAUGCAAAGGGUGAAGGAACUUGAAAUGUUAGUUUCUACACGCCAAGUGGAAAAAUCAGAUGCAAACUCGGCUCAAGUAACGGAAUUGACCCACGCAUUAGAAUUUCAAAUAAGGGCACGUGUACAAGCUGAGAAUGCGAAGACGGUGCUGGAGUUUCGCAUUCGCGAUUUGGAAGCAGUUGUUUCGUCUCAAAGCAAGGCGCUUGAAACCGCACAGGCGGAAAUAGAGGAGCUCAAAUUGCAAAUGCUACGAAGGGAAGAAAGACACAAACAAGAGUGCGAAGUCCAACACAGAGAGUCUAUUGCAGCUGCACUAGCAGCAGCUGCAGGCAGUUGUCGAGCCUGGGAGUUUUAUCACUCUCGAGAAAGUUUGCGAGGAUGGAUUCCAGAGUGUGCAGAAACAUCACGAAGUGAGUUUGCCCCGUCAUUGCUUCGCUCAGCCUCAGCAUCAAGCUACAAGAUGGAUGAACAUCUCUCGACACUCGAUUCUCCUAGGACCCGAAAGCUAAAAGGAGACCAAGAAGUCAGGGAAGAGAGCUUCGAAUGGAAAUCUACAGCCGCCGCCGCAGCUAUAGCUGCAGCAUCUAUGAUUCGAAGCAAGAGUUGCACAUUUUGUUCGGCAUUGAAUUCACAUCUCUCAUGUCUCCCGCAUAAUGUUUCUAGCAUCAACUCAGUUUCCGAGGCUCUGUCAAAACUAGACUCUCCAGAAUGCACUUUAAACGACCAUGAAGUAGAUGGCAAGGGAGCUCUGGAAGAUUCGGCCAACCAGGAGCCAAGUAAAAUUGGUAAAGGCAUCGUUCGUUCUGCAAGUGAAGGCUCGCUACAUUCUACAGGAAGUGGGGCUGAUCAACGGGUACAACAAGAUCUUCUACCAUUCAUACCCAUGGCAGGCCCUAAGACAGACCCAGUGAACGGAUGGUUCAGCCUCGUUCCCAGCCCUGUGGAUUAAUGCUUACAUCGCCCUUUUUGGCAGCAAAUCUUCUGUAGUACCAAUUAUAUACCUACUUUCGUCCUCUUCAGCGCUAGCAUUCGGAGCAAGCCAUCAAAGCUUUUCAUGAGGAUGCAAUUACCUGGAAUUUGUGAACCCUGCUGCCGCCAUAAUGUGAUGAACCUCGCUGAGGGGAUCCUUUUUUGGUCGAAACCACAAAGUGCGUCUGCUCCUGGGCAAUUGAUUUUGGAGACGAAGUUGCUGGAUGCAAAGGAGGAAUUGGACAAGCAAGUUCUUGCCUCAUUGGAACAUGUCACAUGGCAGGAUGUGUACACGUCUUCUCCACUCACUUCGAGAUUUACUGUGUUCGAGCGAGCUUGGACUAUCUUGAAAAGCAUGAACCACUGUUUACUAGGAACACCGACCGGAGUACUUCAACUACACCGGAUGCGCAAAGGAUUCUCCAGUCAUCAUGUUCGGCCUGAAUGUACAGUAGUUGGGAGAUAACACAUUAUUCAGCUAUGUGUGACGGACUCAAUAUCUUGUCAUGGACAUUGUUUCAUGAAAGUAAUCGUCAUACUCGCAUUCUCACUCUAGGAAAACCGCCUAGUAGGAUCAAAACCGCUACCAUCUGAGUUUGGCGGUGAUAACAUAGUUGUCAAUACUGCCGUCUUCCUCCUACCUUUGGGUGGACACACGUGCAUUAUAUACUCGUGUGCCUGUGGCAGCACACUGAAAGGUUAGUAAAAUCUUUUGUUUAUAGUUUGCAGCAUUGUGCAGAGAUUAAAACGUCCUAUGGAUAUCUCUGUAUCUUAGUACAUUUCAAUAAUCAUUGAUACUCAUGCGAGAUUAUUUUCUUAGAA